AUGUCAAUUCCAAAAUCAAUACUUAAUUCUGAUGACGAUGUUAAUUUGACGGAUGAAAAGAAGGAGAAACAAUUCGUACACGAUGUAUACGAAGCAAUAGCACCACAUUUCAGUAAAACAAGAUAUAAGCCUUGGCCUGUAGUUGAAGCAUUUCUUAAACAAUUACCAAGUGGGAGUAUUGGUGCGGAUGUUGGUUGUGGUAACGGCAAAUAUUUGAGCUCAAAUUUAAUUGCAAUAUGUGGCUCCAAAGGAUUUGAGGUUAUGAUAUGUGAUGCGUUAAAUCUACCGUAUAGGCCGGACAGUUUUGAUUUUGUGAUAUCAAUAGCCGUUAUUCAUCAUUUUAGUUCAAUCGAACGAAGAAAUAUGGCAAUCAUGGAAUUAUUUCGUAUAGCAAAACCCGAUGCACAAAUUCUUAUCUAUGUCUGGGCAUUAGAGCAAUCUAGCAGUUCAAGACGUCAGUUCGAUCAGGAUCAUCAAGACGUUUUUGUUCCGUGGGCUAUGCCUGUUCAAAUGAACAAACCUGAUGAUAAUAUCGAUGAUAAUCCAAAUGAAAAGAAAAAAGAUAUUGUCUAUAAUCGGUAUUAUCAUCUUUUUCGAAAAAAUGAAUUGGAUGAUUUAAUUAUAGGAACAGGUCUUGCUGAUAUUGUUAAAUCAGGUUAUGAUAAAGAUAAUUGGUAUGUGAUCGCAAAAAAGAAACGCAUUACUCAUUAG